CAUCUGGCUUACUGGCUAGAAUUCAGAAAAGUAAGAAAUCUUUUAAAAGAAGAAAACUCAUUUAACAAAAUGCAAAGUAGAUUUUAGGCUCUGAAAAGAAUCCUGCUCUGGACUGUUAUGAUUAAUUCCUUUGAAAUCUAAUUGAUGCAUAAGGAAAUUACCAUUGUGGAGGUAAUAAAUAGGAGAAAACAACUGGGAUGCCUAACAGAGUUCUUGUUUUAUAAUGCGGAUAUUAAAAAUCUAAGAGUGAUGCACUGUUGGUGGGAAUGCAAACUGUUGCAGCCACUAUGGAGAACAACAUGGAGGUUCCUCGAAAAGUUAAAAAUAGAACUACCCUAUGACCAGAAAUUGCACUAAUAGGUAUUUAUCCAAAGGACACAAAAAAUACAGACUUGAGGGGGUACAUGCAUCCUGAUAUUUACAGCAACAUUAUCAACAAUAGCAAAGCUAUGGAGAGAGCCCAAAUAUCCAUUGACUGAUGAAUGGAUAAAGAAACUGUGGGUGAGGCGAGCAGAGCCAGAGUCGAGAACAGAGGCCAAACUCGGGAUCUGACAAGAUGGCGGGGUUGCCCCGCAGGAUUAUCAAGGAACCCCAGCGUUUGCUGGCAGAACCAGUUCCUGGCAUUAAAGCAGAACCAGAUGAGAGCAAUGCCCGUUAUUUUCAUGUGGUCAUUGCUGGCCCCCAGGAUUCCCCCUUUGAGGGAGGGACUUUUAAACUUGAACUAUUCCUUCCAGAAGAAUACCCAAUGGCAGCCCCUAAAGUAUGUUUCAUGACCAAAAUUUAUCAUCCUAAUAUAGACAAGUUGGGAAGAAUAUGUUUAGAUAUUUUGAAAGAUAAGUGGUCCCCAACACUGCAGAUCUGCACAGUUCUGCUAUCGAUACAGGCUUUGUUAAGUGCUCCCAAUCCAGAUGAUCCAUUAGCAAAUGAUGUAGCGGAGCAGUGGAAGACCAACGAAGCCCAAGCCAUAGAAACAGCUAGAGCAUGGACUAGGCUAUAUGCCAUGAAUAAUAUUUAAAAUCGAUCUGAUCAUCAAGUGUGCACCACUUCUCCUGUUCUGCCAAGACUUCUUCCUUUUUUGUUUGCAUUUAUUUAAUGGACACAGUCUUAGAAACAUUACAGAAUAAAAGCCCAGACAUCUUCAGUCCUUUGGUGAUUAAAUGCACAUUAGCAAAUCUAUGUCUUGUCCUGAUUCACUGUUGUAAAGCAUGAGCAGAGGCUAGAAGUACCAUCUGGAUUGUUGUGAAACAUUUAAAAGCAGUGGCCCCUCUCUGCUUUUAUUCAUUUCCCCCAUCAUGGUUUAAGUAUAAAGCACUGUGAAUGAAGGUAGUUGUCAGGGUUAGCUGCAAGGGUGUGGAUGUUUUUCUUUAUUAUUAUUUUUGAGGGGGAGAGGUAGUUUUAUUUUAAUUUUAUGGGCUCCUUUCCCCUUUUUAUGGUGAUCUAAUUGCAUCGGUUAAAAGCAGCUAACCAGUUCUUCAGAAUAUGCUCUCUAGCCAAGUCUAACUUUAUUUAGACGCUGUAGAUGGACAAGCUUGAUUGUCUGAACCAAAAUGGGAACAUUAAACAAACAUCACAGCCCUCACUAAUAACAUUGUGACUUUGCUGUCAAGUGUAGAAUCCUUCCUUCAGGAAAAAGCUUGUGACCUUUUUGUAUGGCUUAUCUGGAAACUUCUGUAAAUCUUAUGUUUUAGUAAAAUAUUUUUUGUUAUUCUACUUUGCCUUUGUACAGUUUAUUUUACUGUGUUUAUUUCAUUUUCCCAAUGUGACAAUUGUAU